AUGGCUUUCAAGUCAGAGGCAAUCGUCGCCAGAGGUCCGUUCUCGGAGGGAAAAUGGGCCAUUGAACCCGUUACCCUCCGAGAGGUUCGCGCGGACGAGGUUCUGGUUGAGAUGGUUGCGUCUGGCAUCUGUCACACGGAUUUGCACUGCGGCAACACGGCCGAAGACUUGGGUGUUCCGGGCGUCUACUAUCCACGCGUGCUUGGACAUGAAGGCUCUGGGUAUGUGGUUCAAGUCGGCACCGGCGUCACCAAAGUAAAGCCCGGCGACGCCGUUCUGCUCUCCUUCUCCUACUGCGGCAAAUGCUACGUCUGCAAGACAGGCCCGCCAUCCCAUUGCAUCAACUUCUUCGACAUCAACUUCAUGGGCGAGCCGGUGUUUUCCGACGGCAUUGGUGGACGCUUCUUUGGCCAGUCAAGCCUUGCCCGCCACUCGAUCGUGAGUGACAAAUCAGUCGUCAACGUGAGUGGCCUGGGCCUGAGUAGAGACGAUCUCAAGGUACUAGCCCCCUUCGGGUGCGGGUUUCAGACAGGCAGCGGAACCGUUGUCAACGUUGCAAAGGCUGGGGCGGACGACUGUGUCGCUAUUGCUGGUAUGGGGGGCGUAGGGCUUGCGGCAGUCAUUGCGGCAAAGAACAGGAACUGUGAAGCCGUUAUUGGUAUCGACCGUGUUGAGUCGCGACUGGAACUGGCAAAAUCGCUCGGAGCGACGCACGUCAUCAACACGACAGGUCUUGACAUGGCACAAGUGACGGAGAAGAUCAAACAGGUAACAGGCGGGCUGGGAGCAACAGUCUGCAUCGACACGAGCGCGCAUCCACCUCUGGUGGCCGCUCAGAUCGACGGAACUCGGUACAUGGGCAAGAUUAUCCAAGUCGGCACCGGCAUGCCGGAUGCCAACCUGUCGAUUCACAUGCAGAGCUUUAUGGUCAGCGCGAAGCAGUACUUUGGGGCGGUCCAGGGACACUCCAGAACUGAGGAGUACAUUCCUCAGAUGGUUCAGUGGUGGAGAGAUGGGGCCUUUCCAGUCGAAAAGCUGGUCAAGGUUUUUGAGUAUUCGAAUUUUGGACAAGCGGUUGAGGCUAUGGGGAAAGGUGAAGUCGUCAAGCCUAUUAUUGCGUGGUAA